AUGACGGCAGUGGACCAAGAACAACGUGAAAAAGCUCUUCAGGAUUACCGGAAAAAACUUCUAGAGCACAAAGAAGUGGAGUCUCGAUUAAAAGAAAUGCGAGAACAGCUUAAAGAUCUUACUAAACAAUAUGAUAAGUCAGAAAAUGAUCUUAAGGCUUUACAAAGUGUAGGACAAAUUGUUGGCGAAGUUUUGAAACAACUAACAGAAGAGAAAUUCAUUGUGAAGGCUACAAAUGGGCCUAGAUAUGUAGUAGGAUGUAGAAGACAAUUGGAUAAGGCUAAAUUAAAAGCAGGAACUAGAGUUGCACUUGAUAUGACAACAUUGACAAUUAUGCGUUACUUACCUCGUGAAGUCGAUCCUCUUGUUUACAACAUGAGUCAUGAAGAUCCUGGAAAUGUAACGUACUCUGCAAUUGGCGGUUUAUCUGAACAAAUUAGAGAACUAAGAGAAGUAAUUGAAUUACCACUCAUGAAUCCAGAACUUUUCCAACGAGUGGGGAUUACACCACCAAAAGGAUGUCUUUUGUAUGGUCCUCCUGGUACAGGAAAAACAUUACUUGCUAGAGCAGUAGCUUCUCAACUUGAUGCUAAUUUUUUGAAAGUGGUUUCAAGUGCAAUUGUUGACAAAUAUAUUGGGGAAUCUGCAAGACUUAUUCGAGAAAUGUUCAACUAUGCUAAAGAUCAUCAGCCUUGUAUAAUAUUUAUGGAUGAAAUUGAUGCAAUCGGUGGUCGCAGAUUUUCUGAAGGUACAUCGGCCGACAGAGAAAUUCAACGAACUUUAAUGGAACUUCUUAACCAAAUGGAUGGUUUUGAUUCAUUAGGACAGGUUAAAAUGAUAAUGGCCACAAACAGACCAGAUACACUCGAUCCUGCUCUUCUUCGUCCAGGCCGUUUGGAUCGUAAAAUUGAAAUUCCGUUGCCUAAUGAGCAGGCGAGAUUAGAAAUUUUGAAAAUUCAUGCAGCACCGAUUGCUAAACAUGGGGAAAUUGACUAUGAAGCAAUUGUUAAAUUAUCGGAUAAUUUCAACGGAGCAGAUUUACGGAAUGUGUGCACUGAAGCAGGAUUGUUUGCUAUUCGAGCUGAAAGGGAAUAUGUUAUUCAAGAAGAUUUUAUGAAAGCAGUAAGAAAAGUGGCAGAUAAUAAAAAACUUGAAACGAAAUUAGAUUACAAACCAGUUUAAUUUGAUGUUCUCAUACAUUAACUUUGUUUAUUAUUUUCCAUGAUAUUAAUUUUGUCAUUUUUCAGUAAAAACAUUAUUAUUUAAGCUUUAAUUAAAUAAGUGUGAAAAGAUUGUAAAGGAUAAUUUACCCGAAAUUUCUUUCCUCCUUUUUAAUACACUGAAAUUUACUUACAAUUAAAAAACCCUUGAAAGCACAAACUUUUUAACAGUAAAACAUUCGUAGUGUAUAAUUGUUUAAUACUAUUAUUCAAACUGCGUAUUCAGUAUUAAGGAUGUAAUUAAGCAGAAAAAAGUGACCAAAUAAAAUAUACAAAAUUUCAUUUACCAUGCUGAUGAGAAAAAUGCACAAAAUUAAGAAAAACUUGUUUUUUAUGAUAAUAAAAAAGGGCUCAUCACAAUGCGUCUUUCAGCUAGAACGUAUGUAAGUACUCCUUUGCCUAAGUAAGCUACAGCGUGCAAUACCAACUUCUCAUUUUGUUUCAGAUAUCUGUACGUAAAAAUAGUUGAAAUUUUAGGAUGUUAACUUAUUGCUUUUAUUAGAAUUACUUUCGUUUGCAGAGUUUUUAAAUUGUGUUUAUCAGUGAAUAUAUUUUUUAUUUCGCCUCAGACGGCAGAAAAAAAAUAAAUUAUUAGACUAAGAGAACAUUAGAACUUGUAUGCACAACGUAAUUGUGUAUUUCGUUCUCAAUCUGGUCACCGUUCUUUGUAUUGAUUGGUAUUUCUAGUAGAGUGCAAACCCUGUCUGGGGAAUAGAAUCUCCGUACAUUCGAAAGUUAAAGAGAAAUAUUAUGAAAAUAAAAUGCAAAACGAAGUACAGGUUGCCUUAUUAUGCUUAACAUUAAAUGUAAGUGUUCACUCCUAUACCUUACACGCCCUAGUAAUAUCUUCUUCAAAUAUUGCAUUCUUCGCAUUUGCGUAGCUUACGGGGUACGCCUUAGUAGUACCUAUUGUUGUUUUUCUGUAUUUUGUGUAUAUCAUGUGAGGAAAAAGUUCAGUUGGCUAUUUAAGUUUACGGCCGCCUGGCGCCAAGACUGCCGCUUUCCUAGAAAGCGCGAGUGCCGCCGUUGGUGUACAAGAGGCUCUUUCGCCCCAACCCUUCUAUAAUUUCCAGCCUACAAUUUCAGUACUGCCACCGACCUCUACUCCAGAACGCCAGAGAAGCUUAAUGCAGGGGUUUGACAACAGACUAUCGUAUCCUCCUAAUGUUGCAAAUAAAUAAUUUAAAAAAAUUACAAGAAAACCUUAGCAUAUUAGAAUACUGAUCGUACAAAAGAAUGAGAAAACUUUCGAAAUUAAUAUUAAUAUGAAAAUAUCAAAUGCGAAUACUAGAAUAUCAAACAAACUCAUCCGUAUGUGGAUUUACCAAAAAUGUAAAAAUAUAUUUGUGUUCCAUUUAAAAUAACGAAAUUAUGUAGCAUCCAGAAGAGAUAGAACAACCUGUAUGAUUAAAAAUAUUUUCUGUAUAUGCACUAUAUGCUUCCAGAUCACUUUUAUAAAAACGUUUUAUUUAUUAAAUGUAUAACGAGUUGUGGACGAAACCGUCUUAGAUGAAACACCCGAUAUAGUAUUUAUAAAAAAAAUUAAAAAACUGGUAUAUCUGAACACUCCAUCGCCUUUAAUGAUACUAUCAACAUAAAAAAUAUUAGGAUAUAAAAUAAGAAUGUUAAUAAUGGCAAGAAGUUAAAUAAGCUAAAUAUCCUAAAUAAUCAUAUAGAAAUGAGUGCCAAUUAUUGAGCCAAACAUCAUCCUUUAUACUUUUAACGAUUCAGGAAAUUUAUUUUGUAAUUUAGUACCUUCCUGUUAUUGUUGAUGUUGAGUAUAUUAAUACAUAAAUUGGUGAAACAUUUGAAAUUGUCUGUUUAUUAUUAAUUUUAAUAAAACCAUGUUUCGCAAUAAGUGCACCGGAUACAAUUUAAAUAAUAACAAAUACUAGCACACUGACAGUCUAAUCGGAUUCCAAUCAGAAUAAAAAGAAAAAAUAUAAAUUUAGUAUGAGAAAAAAAGUUUGAGUGAAUAGUAGAACAAAUUAAAAUAGAACAUUCAUAAAUGCAAAAUACGUAAUCGUUCAGUAAAGUACAUAUACUUAAAUAAUGUAGUAUAUUAUAAUUUAUUAUCAAUCAAAAAAUAAUAAGUUGCAAGCACAAAAAUAGUAAAUUGUGCUAAAACAGUUAUUUCAGCAAGAAGUAACUGAUAAAUAACUAAAAAAAAUGAAGUAUCAGCUAAUUCAACAGCUUUUACAAAUAGCAGUUAACUAAAAAUUUCUAUAAUACGUUACUAAUAACAGUAAUAACACGAGUCUUACAUUAAACAAGUCUGCUAUUGUCUUACUGGUAACCAGCAAGCAAAUGUAGUGCCAGUCUUGCUUACAAAACAACUGACAGAUAAAAUCAAGUAAUAUUUACAACUAAUAAAUAAAUACACACUAUUUAAUUUGAAUUAUCACGCAUUUCAAAUUCCAGAUUAUUAUUGAAUUGAGGUGUUAGUAAAUGUAGUAGUGUGGGCAACAAAUCGAAAAGAGGAAAGAUAGAGUCGUACAUCGCAUUCGCACUAAAUCACCUAUGACUUGGUGCGACACGCCAACCACACGAAUUUUUGUGGGAAAUUGACGAAUAAAGUAGAACCAGCUGUUUUGUGCACGUUUGACGUCCUAAAGGUGUACUUUUUUAGGGGGCUUUGCAGUCAUUACCAAAAUAAAAAUUAAUAAAACAUUGUUUUAGUUCAACAUUUGAUAAAUGGUUAGGUUAUUUCUACAAAAAUGAGGAUAAUAAUAAUUUUAUAAAAGAAUUUACAAUAAAUAAGAACAGAAAAGAUGAUUUCAUUUAAAUAGCUAUUAGAGGUUUUCACGGUAGGUAUUAAAUGAAUAAUAUUCGGGCUUGAAGCCCGUGAUCUAGGAUUGUUUCUUCUUCGAUGAGGACACCGUCAAAGUAUAUCUGACACUUCGUCAACAUCGAUUUGAAGUACUUUAUGCCCUCGCUACGUUCCCUGAGCAUGAUAACCGCACUAGAAGAAAUAAGAAGUACCUAAUCUUAUACCAAGUCCAUCAAGCCCGAAUAAUAUCAAGCAUUAUUCAUAUAAUAAUUUAGUCUUAACUUUUUUAUUGCUGACAUUGAGAUUAAUAUAAAAUGUUUUGGCUUAGUUUACGUCUAAAUAACGCAAAAACCCAAGCCCACAUAAAAAGCUUAAGUUAAAAAUACGUUUUGACGCUAAAGGCGUUAUCCUUAGUUAGACUGAACUGUGUUUUAUCUGCAUUAGUUUUCAAAAACUUUUUAUAUAUUAAAAUGUUACCUUUCAUUAGGUUUAACUUAUAUAUGUUAAAGAAGAGAUGCAUAAAUGUUUCCAAUCAUCAACAUAAUUAAUUUUUCACGAAAAUUCCUUAAAAAAUGCAUAUUAUAGUAAUAGCAUAAUAAGUAAACAUGUGGAAAUACUUUUUAAAUAAUUUAUUUGGUAAAAAAUUGUAGGUGAAUUGUCCAUUUUCAAAGAUAAUAAAAAAUAAAAAAACAAACAUAUCUUCUAAUGACUGACGGUUCUUUUAGUGUACCGGAUACUUCAAAUAACAUAAAUCU